UAUGCUACUCCAUCCGUCUCAUAAUAUAUGCCGUUUUUUGAUAUUAGUGUAGUGUCAAAAAAUCGUUCAUCAUGGAACGAAGGGAGUACUAUCUAAGACGAGUUAUGUAGGUGUAGCAAAAUUCUCAACUAACUAACAGUCUCAAUCGGUUUGGAGAUGCUCUUUAUUAUAGCAGUGGCCAAGAACAAGCCAGAAGUUGGAGGAAAUGUUGCGAGCAUGCCAAAUCUGUUAGGAUCAUUAAAUUGCAAGGUCGAGAAGAAGGCUAGAGAGACUCGAACAAAGAAGCAGCUCCACAAACCCGAAGAAGUGCCGACGUGUCAGGAAAGUAUACAUCGCCAACUUUCCAUGGUGGAUGUGCUCCAAAAGAUCGGUAUAUCUCGGCAUUUUGCCAGUGAGAUCAAGAGUAUCCUGGAUUUUACAUACAGUUAUUGGUUACGAAGAGAUGAGAUCAUGCUAGAUGUGGAGACAUGUGCCAUGGCGUUCCGCACCUUACGGAUGAAUGGGUACAAUGUAUCAGCCGAUGGCCUGUCACAUAUCUCCACCGAUCUGAGUGACACGAGAUCUUUGUUGGAACUAUACAAGGCUUCACAAGUUAGUACUUCGGACGAUGAGUUGAUUCUGGAUAUUAUAGGAUCCUGGUCAGGUCACCUACUGAGGCAACAACUGAAAUCUAGUGAGGCACAAAGAACCCCACUCCUAAGAGAGGUAGAACAUGUUCUUGAUAGCCCCUUCUACACCAUGUUGGAUCGUCUGGAGCAUAAGAGGAACAUCGAACAAUUUGACAUAAUCGAGCAUCCCAUCCUACAAUUGACUUCUCAGACAAAUCAAGAUCUUCUAGCUCUGGGUGUCAUGGAUUUCAGUACAAGUCAAUCUAUUUAUCAACAAGAAUAUCAACAUCUCGACAGUUGGGUGAGAGAGAGUAGGCUGAACCGGCUACCUUUCGCACGACAGAAGUUGGCAUAUUUCUACCUCUCAGCUGCCAGCACCAUGUUCCCUCUAGAGCUAUCUGAAGCUCGCAUCCUAUGGGCCAAGAAUGGCGCGCUCACAACGGUCGUCGAUGACUUCUUUGACGUCGGGGGAUCAAAAGACGAAUUGGAGAACCUCACUGCAUUAGUCGAGAUGUGGGAGCAGCAAGAGGAAACCGAGUACUACUCUGAACAAGUCGAGAUCGUGUUCUCUGCAAUCUAUAUCUCGGUAAACGAGCUUGGAUCAAAGGCUUCCAUAGUGCAAGGCCGCGAUGUCACGGGACACCUAGUAGAAAUUUGGCAAGAAUUGCUAAGGAAUAUGAUGACUGAGGUGGAAUGGAGAACGGGCGGAUACGUUCCAACCCUAGAUGAGUACAUAGAAAAUGCAGUUGUGACAUUUGCAUUGGGCCCAAUUGUGCUUCCUGCAUUGUAUUUUGUUGGACCAAAGAUUACUGAGUCUAUGGUAAUAGAUCCUGAGUACAGUGAGUUGUUUAGGUUGAUGAGCACUUGCGGCCAGUGGCGAAUCUAGACAGAAACUGGAGGG